AUGCCAGAGAACAGGGAGAGAAAGUCACACAUCAAGAGCAGGCUGGGCUGUUCUCAAUGCAAAGCACGAAGAGUGAAGUGCGAUGAGAUUCGACCGCAAUGUGGGAACUGCAGACGACGACAGGAAUCAUGCUCGUAUAAGAACCCGAACCCUCUCUCAACCGCGUCACCGGACGCGAGUGGCUCAGAACAAAUCAACGACCACCAGGCCAGCGCACAACUCCACUUAAAGCAAUUGGCAUUGAUGCACCAUUAUGCAACCUCAACCUACAAGACGAUUGCUAUGCGGACGCAGGAUCCAGCUGUCUACCAACUGGAGCUGCCAAGGCUUGCGUGCCAGCAUAGCUACCUGCUCGAUGCUAUGUUCUCGCUGACGUCCUGUCAUCUUGCGUAUGAGAGACCUGCCGAAGCAGCGGAAUAUGUCGCCGAUGCCGUUCGCUACCAAGCCCGCGCGCUAGAGACGUACCGUCACAAGCUGGAGACGCUGUCGCCGGAAGACUGUCAGGGAGUAUUUCAUGCCUCCGCCCUGUUCGGAGUGCUAGCAUUGGCGUUUCGCAGUGUUGAUCCAGAAAGUACGAGAGCCAUUCGACCGACAGAGACCAUGACCCAGCUAGCACGACUAUGGCGCGGGACUGCCUUGGUCCUCAGAGCGUCUCAGCAGUUACUCCCGCCGGAGACUUACAACACAUCAUUCCAGAUGCCUAUAUGGGAUAUGCGGAGUGGUAGCAACGAUACAUCCUGCCAAGCACAAAUAUAUCUCGAUAUGCUUCGCUCACGAGCAAGGGCCGGAGACCUGGUACGGCCGAGUAUUCCGGAGGAGACAUCGGAGGAUCCAAUCAACCACUGUGAGGUCUACCUUGAAGCGAUCGAUUUGCUGCAAGAGUUGUUCCAAGCCAAUCGACUUGAGCACUCCCGGAUCGUCGCUUGGACGAUCAUGGUACCGGCACAGUACAUGGAGCUAUUGACACAGGGACAGCCCAUCGCACUCGCCAUCGCCCUUGUAUACAGUGUUGUCAUGGAAGAAAUGGAGAACUUCUGGUGGGCACGUCCAUUCCGACAUCAGCUGGUCGAUCAACUUGUGCCAGUCGUUUCGAUCUGCGAUCCUCAACUAGCAGAAAUGGCCAAUUGGGUGGUAGGCUGGACCAAGCGUCUCAAUGAGCUGGUACCGCCCGCACAAGAAUAUGAUACCGUGCCAUUGAACGACAUCGGGGUUGAUGUACCAUCAUUGCGGCUUUGUCGCCAAGAGCAAGGGGCGGUGACACAACUGGAACAUCUCGGCCUUGACAAGAGUAUGGCAACGUUGAGAGCCGUCAAGGCUGGCGUACUGCUGCAACUCGACGCCGCGGUCGAGCAUAUGGACUGCUAUUCGCCUCCGAACAGCGAGGAGAGGGAGUGCUCACUAAGUGACUUGAAGACAUAG